AUGACAGGUGCACCAACCCAGCUGACUAUAAACAUGGCGGCAUCUAAAGACAGAGUGGGGAGUAACAGGUGUAAAAUACUAAUAAUCGGCGCAGGUAUGGCGGGAUUGUCAGCGGCACAUCAUUUAGUAAAAAAUGGCGUAACUGACUUCAAGAUACUGGAAGCUAGGAGAAGAAUCGGUGGCAGAAUUGUUUCUAUUCCAACCGACCAUCAUAGGGUGGAAUUAGGGGCCAAUUGGAUCCAUGGAGUACUUGGGAAUCCCAUGUACGAACUAGCCAUGACAAAUGGUCUCAUAGACAUAGUCCACGUUCCUAAACCGCACAGAGUUGUAGCUGCUACAGAAGAUGGUAAACUUAUACCAUUCCAGUUACUACAGGAGAUUUAUGAGGCCUACGUAUGUUUUCUUCGACGUUGUGAGGAAUAUUUCCUGUGCCACUAUUUGCCUCCAGCUGGUGUUCACAGUGUAGGAGAACACAUUAAUCUAGAAGCUGCAUUGUACUUAGACCACUGUCAAAAUCCAGAAGAACGUCAGAUACGUCAGUUAAUAUUUGAUUGUUUGUUAAAACGCGAAACUUGUAUUACUGGUUGUCAUUCCAUGGAUGAAAUAGAUCUGUUAGAAUUGGGCAGCUACACUGAACUUCAAGGAGGAAACAUAGUGCUACCUUCUGGUUACAGCAGCAUCCUGGAACCCAUAGCAAAAGUCAUACCACCCCAAAAUAUUGUUACAGGUAAACCUGUGGCAACAGUCAGAUGGAAUUGCAGUAACGAAAUGCAGUUAUCUAAUAUGACAAGCCCUGGAGGUGACUCGGGUAUUGACAUUCUUGCAAAUGGAGAUCCAGGAAAUGAUUCUGAUGACUCUGAUAGGACUGUCACUGGUGAUUUCCCAAAAUUUGUAGAACAUUCAAGCAGGGAAGGAAGCUGUGAAGCAGCAGAUAAAAAAAGUAGCACAAAAUCUCAGUGCAGUGCUGAGAGUGGUGAAAGUUCUGGCACAGGUGUUCAACAGUCAACAGUGAAUUCUGCUUCAGGACAGUGUAGUCAACAGGAUGACAGUGAAAAUUCAGAUUCUUGUGUUUUACCUCCAAGUGUAGAAAUUGUGUGUAAUGAUGGUGACACUUAUUAUGCUGAUCAUGUUAUAUGCACAGUACCACUUGGAGUUUUGAAAGAAAGGGCAUCUACAAUGUUCUGCCCUCCAUUGCCUCAAUAUAAGACUGAAUCAAUCAACAGGCUUCUUUUUGGAACAGUUGACAAAAUAUUUCUGGAAUAUGAUCGCCCAUUUCUCAACCCAGACAUAUCAGAACUUAUGCUUCUUUGGAAAAGUGAUGCAGCAGAGAAUGGAAAUGAAGACUCAUCUGAUUUAAGUAAAUGCUGGUUUCGUAAAAUUUACUCAUUUUCCAAAGUAUCAGAGACACUUUUACUAGGAUGGAUAUCAGGUAAAGAAGCAGAGUAUAUGGAAACAUUAGCACACGAGGAAGUUGCAGAAAAGUGCACGGAGAUACUGAGAAAGUUUCUUAAUGAUCCAUUUGUACCUAAACCAAAGCUCUGUGUAUGUACCAGUUGGCGCUCUCAGCCUUACACGAGAGGUUCCUACACUGCAAUGGCUGUCGGUGCUAGUCAGGUUGACAUUGAGAGCAUAGCACGACCACUUUAUGCCAGCUCACAGGAAAAGAAGCCUGUACUUCUCUUUGCUGGAGAGCAUACACACAGCAGUUUCUAUUCAACGGUUCAUGGUGCAUACCUGACUGGUCGGAGUGCAGCCCAAGUGCUACUUGAUCCUGACUCUCCUGAACAAUUAAUAAUGCAGUGUGAAGGAACAAGUGAUUUAAGUUCCUGGAUUCAGGGUAUCUCUCUAGAUUGAUGUAUUGAGUGAAACUGAUAUACAGCCUGUAGAUUGAAUGUAUUAAGUGAAAUUGAUAUACGGCUAAGUAAGUAUUGUGUAAAUAUUUUUUUAUUUAUUAUUUGUGCGUUCAUUUCGACAGUGGAGCAGUUGCCAAAGCCAUUUUUUUGCCACAGUUUGAAGAGAUUUGAUUUUCUGAGAAUGUUUUGAGUCGCAGGCCUGGGGAUAUCUGAUAUGAAUCCAGUCAAAACUAACUAAAAUGGGACCAUUGUAGUCUAAAAGGCUUUAAUUGAAAAGUGGCUGGUAUGUAAUGACUCAUCAGCACUUAGUGGGAAUUUGUUACUUAUUAAUAAAAAUAUUCUAGUGGUGUUAAAAAAAUUCUGCACUUUUUACAAUCUUUUUUGACACAAUUUAUAUCAUCUGAAAUUCAUUUUAUUUUAUGCAGUUACUAAGUGUGUAACUGCUGGUUAUUCUAGUUUGAGAACAUUUAAUUUUUAAUUAAACUUAUUAUUCUUUAGCCUGAGCAGCAGUACAUGACAGUGUGCAGAUACUUUCUUGUAUACAGAAAAAUGACAGAUGGUGAAAUUACUGCAAAUCAUUUAACAUUUUAAAUGAAACUUAACCUUCAACUCUUCUCAUUAUAGUUGGUCUUGGUAAACCAAACAUUUUCAGUGAGUUAUGUUUUGUCUUGUCUUUUUACAAAGCUGAGAAAGAUGAUGUGUAUAAGAGUUUAUAUGGUUGCAUCAGAAAUGUUCAGUGUGAAUAGAAUGCUUCCGUGCACAAUUUAGUGUCAUACAACAAAAGUUUCAUUUGCGGCUUCAGCACUCAAAAGAUGAUGUAAAAGCAGGUUGAAACAUUGCAGAAUUUACCUUGGCCACUUGUGAAAUAUAUUAGAUGCUUCUGACUUAUUUAAGGUGAUUUUAUUUCUAUAAUUUAGAAGAUUCAUUAAAUUUGUUUUUGUAGAUUUUUAUUUGUAGCACAAUCUGUGGACGCAAUCUUCCUUUCUCAUAAUACACCAGGGUAGCUGUUUGACAAGCUAUAAUGAGUGGUGAACCUUUAAACUUUAUAUAUUUUUUUUAAUUUUUGUGGCUCCACGUGGUAAUAUGUAUGUAUCUUUGUCAUAACUUUCAUUGAUUUUACAUAAUAGUAAUUAAGGUAGAAGUAAUGUGCAUUUAUUAUGAAAUGAGUUCUCAUGCUUUCACAUCUAACACACUUGACUUUAGAGUACAGACUGAAACCACUACCACCAUCAGAAAACACUAAAAACAGUGCCUUUUGAAGCAACUAUCCGUCUUUGCCAUGUGUACCAUUUAGUUGUAGUUGCUGCAGUUCUUUCUGCAGACAACACUUUCUAAUAUGGAUGUUCUGGAUCUCCCUCCUGAUUUUUCCUUCCAAGAUGUUUUUUUACGAAGUAGUUGUAUCAAAUUAUGUGUCAAUUUAAUUUUGAUUUUCUCCUCUGUUUCAUAUCAAUGAAUGCCCUUAGCUCUUUAAUUUGUUCACUAGAUUUCCUUUUGGUUUAGGUUUUUUUUUAUGGCUCUCUUCCACAUUCGUAUUUCUGUUGCUUCUGAUUUUUCUUCCCUUGUUUCUACAGAGUCCACUCUUCAUAGUCAUAGCUUAACAGGCUCCAAAUAAAUGUUUUGAUGAAUUUCUUUCUUGUUUCUAUAUUAAGGUGGUUGUUUGUUAAUAAAUCACUCUUAUAUCUGAGUGCUAA